AUGGCUGAGGAUCUGAAUUCUUGGCCUGGAGAGGCUGGCCCCUUGGAUUUUUUACCAGAGCCUCCAGGAAUGAGCAGUUUCCAGCCACAACUGUGCCUGAAGCCCAAUGAUGGACACUCCAUUUGUACACUGGAGAGAAGGAAUCCAGACAGUGUAACCCCAACAGUGGAACUAAAUGCACUUUGCAUGAAACUUGGGAAAAAAACCAUGUACAAGCCUGUUGAUCCUUACACAAGAAUGCAGUCCACCUAUAACUAUAAUAUGAGAGGAGGUGCCUAUCCCCCACGGUACUUUUACCCAUUUCCUGUCCCACCUUUACUUUAUCAAGUUGAACUUUCCAUUGGAGGACAACAAUUUAAUGGGAAAGGACGAACAAGACAGGCAGCAAAACAUGAUGCAGCUGCAAAGGCACUGAAAAUCUUGCAGAAUGAGCCCCUGCCUGAGAAACCAGAGGUAAAUGGAAGAGAACCAGAUGAUGAAAAUCUCAAUAAAUCUGAAAUAAGCCAAGUGUUUGAGAUUGCACUUAAACGGAACUUGCCUGUGAAUUUUGAGGUCACCAGGGAGAGUGGCCCACCUCACAUGAAGAGUUUUGUGACAAAAGUAUCAGUUGGUGAAUUCAUGGGUGAAGGUGAAGGAAAAAGCAAGAAGAUUUCAAAGAAAAAUGCUGCUAUAGCUGUCCUUGAGGAACUAAAGAAAUUACCCCCACUUCCAACAGUUGAAAAAAUGAAACCACGAAUCAAAAAGAAAACAAAAUCAAUAGUUAAGCUACAGACAAGCCCAGAAUAUGGUCAAGGAAUGAAUCCUAUUAGCCGACUUGCCCAGAUCCAGCAGGCCAAAAAAGAUAAGGAGCCUGAAUAUAUGCUUCUCACUGAGAGAGGCCUUCCACGCCGCAGGGAAUUUGUGAUUCAGGUCAAAGUUGGUGGUCACACUGCUGAAGGAAUGGGAUUAUGGCACCAACUCUGGCCUCAGACCCAGAUCCAGCCCCAGGGUCAGCUAGGUGCGACCCCUGAACCUGAAUCAGUGGCAGUGCUAGUGCCUUCUGGACCUCUUGAUGUGGUGAUAUCAGGAAAGGUCAGCAGAGAAGUCUGUGGAAAUUGGGUGGGAAUCAGGAGUGCAGUCCCAACACGGGUUGCACCAUCGCAUCCCCAGCCGAUGCAGAGUCAGCAAAUUUGGACUCUACUGUUUUAG